CAGGAAACCCGGGUGGGUCGUGGGCCUUGCGACGGGCGGCGCGGCCAGCAUAGUGGGCUGCAAAAGUGCCCUCGUCGCCAAGUUCCAAGAGGCGAUCCCUCGCCUGUCGCCGGCUCACUGUGUCACCCACAAGCUGCAGCAUGCGGCCAUCGGCGCCUGCUACAGGGAUGUUGACUUUGUGAAGGACUGCGAGAAGCACAUCAGGGCGGUGUUCAAGUUUUUCCAAGCCUCUCCCGAAAGGCUGAGGGAGCUGCAGGUUGCGGCUCCCCGCCUGGGCCAGAAGGUGGCCAAACUCAUGGAAUCCAACAGUGUCAGGUGGGUGGUGAGCAAGAGGCAAACUUUAAACGUCCUUCUCGAAAGCCUGCCUGCCUUGGUAGCUCACGUUGAGCGCCUGUCGAAAUCCAGCAGCCACGAGGGACAGAAGGCGAAAGGCAUGUUGGCGUUCUUGAGGAGUUUCCAUUUUGUCAAGUUUUCCCACUUCCUGAUCGACUUCCUUCAGGUUUACAAACCCCUCUCGGAAGUGUUCCAGAAAGAAAGCGUCUUGCUGGGGCAAGUGAAGGCCGCUCUGGAAGCUGCAAACCUCGCCUUGCAAAACCUCCUCCAACAUCCGGGACCGAAGGAGGAAGAGUUUGACGCCACCGUGAAGGAUGGUUCUUUCAGAGGGGUCUCCUUGGACGUGGUCGAGACGGGAGAGCUCCGGUUUCAAGUCGACCGAGCCAAAAUCAUCCUGACCGGGGCGGAAUACCUGCACCAGAGAUUUGACUGUGAGACAUCGCCCCAGCUCUUAAAAAGCACAGAAGUGUUUGAUGCCGUGUGCCGGCCUGUUGCUGGGAGACGCCUUGCCAACUUUGGAGAUGCCAAGGUACUUUCCAUGGCGAAAUAUUUUGAGUACGCUCUCCCCCCGAGCUACAGCGAGGAAAGGCUGCUGGGUGAAUGGGCCGAACUUAAAAACGUGGCCAAGGACCUUUUGUUUUCAGAGCUGUGCAAGAAGGCCAUCACGGAGCGCCAGGCGUUUCCUUUGCUGAGCAAACUUGCCUCGGUUUCUGCCUGCUUACGAAUCUCUACGGGAAGCUGUAAGCGGGGCUGCGUUGUUAUGAACCUGAUAAGGACUUACGAGAGGUUGAAGCUCUCCAACGAAGUGGCAAACUCUCUCGUGAUGGUGGCUGUCAACGGGGUGGCAGUGGCAGACUUUGACCCGUUGCCCGCAAUCGAGCACUGGUACUUAACAUCAUCAGGCCGUCGUUGUUGACAACUCGGCCGCCGUCCUCACGUGCGUCGCUGAUGGGAUGUGGCCUGGAGCACCGUGCAGGGUGUGAAUAUGACCUAUAGUUGCAUUGGUGCAAGAGAUUAGUACCUGAUUUCUCCCCCUCCUUUUCUCUCCCCUCCCCUUGUGUCAGUCUAACCAAG